GUAGAAAGGGAGGGCAUUCCACAGCCCGCGCCACUGCUCGGAAUGAUCGAUCCUACAGCAUAAAAUGGCACAGGUGGCUGAGCAUUCACAGCAGGGUGGCAGUGGCCGUGGUCUAGUCUGAAGAGGUUCUACAUCUGCAAGUUGUGCUGCAUGUUCGAUCCACAUUUCAUAAACUGGUGAUGGCAGCGGACCGUAAACUACAUAAACUUGCAGUGUAGAGUUCAACUGGGAUCUCCUUCGCCUCAUUGGAUGAUACACGAUUCAAGUAUUUGCAUACAAACACAGCUUAUAAUGACACCCUAUUCUAACCCGAGAGGAAUUUCUCGAAAGGUUUCUGUUCCCAUCAAAACAUUGGCAUCAAGAUGGAGAAGUACUAUUUCAACUCAAAGUUAAACGUUUUUUGUAAUUCAAACAAAUGUGCAGAAGUUGGUGGACACAAUAUAACCUCGGCUGUGCAAGCAAACCAAUUGCCCCGGACCUGUGCUUAUGCUGUUGCAGGCUGUUAUAGGGCUUGGGAACAUCACAAUCCAUCUAUACACACAAACAAAACAGUAUGCAUGGGUCCAUGCGCUCACAGAGAGCCCCCGAUACCAGGACAGUCUGCUCCCCCUCCACAGCAACUGAAACAGACUGAAGCACAAAGGAGAGUGAUGAGUCAUGAUAAUAUGCCUCAGCUUCACAGAGAACACCCAGAAGAUCAUGUUACUGGAGCUGGUGGCAAGAACAGACAGGUACAACAAGGAAGGUCAUGGGGGAACUGCGUGGUUGGUGCUCUUGGUCAGGCUGAGCCCUCAGGACAGCCCAGGCAGGACACAGAGUCUGUGGGCCAACAACAUGGAGACAUGGAGGUGGAUCUGGAUCCUCCCUUACCACUCAGGUCUGAUGUUGGCUAUCAGUAUCACCUGCAACCCUACUGUUCUACUCCAUACCACCACUCUGACCCCUACGGCUGCCAUACCAUUGAUGCUAGGUUGUAUCCCCCUGCUGCGGGUGGGUGGAGGGAAGCUGAGGAGCAGGUUUAUAACUAUCCACCCCACCACUGUCCCUGGCCCACUCCCUAUCCACACAAUAGAGGCCAGCCUGGCCCGCAAGCCUGGGUUCCACAGCUUCAGGGAAACUCUGAGAGUUAUGGCCUUCUGAGAUCCAGUUACUCAAUCAACAUGCCACAGUACUCCACUCCCCCUGUAGAGGGCGUGUUUCAGGUCAGCGUCAAGAACCUGGCGGCACAGGAGGAGUCAAGCCCUUCAGGGGGGGCUGCAGGGGGCAUGUCUGAUCCUUUGGAAAAGAGGAGGACAAUCAGUCUGCCUGACGAAUGUCGAAACAUUUUUGUGACCUAUUCUGAGGAUGCAUCUUCAGAAAUGGUUCCUUUUGUAGAAUACCUAACAAAUCAAGGCUUCCGAUCAGAGAUUGACAUAUUUGAUAACCCCAUCAGACGUAUGGACAUCAACAAGUGGAUGGACAGCUACCUAAAAGAUCAAUCAGUGAUUAUUAUUAUUGCCAUCAGUCCCAAGUACAAGGCCCAUACUGAGGGCUCAGGUGUGGACAGACAUGGACUACACACCAAGUACAUUUACUCUAUGAUGCAGAAUGAGUUUAUUCAACAAGGAAGCCUGAAUUACAGAUUUGUCCCUGUCCUUUUCCUCAAUGCAACUCUGAAGCAUGUCCCAGGCUGGCUUCAGAACACACAUGUGUACCGCUGGCCCCAGGACACAGAGGACCUCCUUCUGCGCCUGCUACGAGAGGAACGCUACGUCGCCCCUCCGGUCCCCAUGGAACUCACCCUCAUCAUCAGGCCUGUGGUCUCUGGCAGCCAUGUCACCCUCUAAACAUCUGUAGCUCAAACCACUGUGAAUACGUGCGUAUGUGUGUUUGAAUGGCUGUAAAUCAUACAGAUGGCCUUGGGGAGUAUUGUGACAUGCUUGAUUGAUUAUGUCUGCUAGAAUCAAUCACCCAUGUGGUAAGAAAGGGGACUGAGUGUCUGUUACAUUCACAGGAUCAUGCUUUCAUUUACUUACCUGCUAUUUGAUUAUCGUUGUGAAAUGCAUUUCCUCUCCUUUUUGUAUUUUUGUUGAA